AACUGUGGUCAGAAAGGAGUCGCAAUAAAUGUUCUUUCUGAAUUGAAGAACGACGAACAAAAAAUCAAAUAUCUUAGAGGACUCUUAAAGUCUGUUUGUCAUGAAGCGCCAGAGCUUGAGGGUGAAUUUUCACCUAAAAGGCAAAAGACAACUUUUUCCGAAAUUCUCAAUGAAUUAGGUUUGGAACAUGCAUACAAUACUCGGAAUUGCAUCGUUCUGGAUAAUCUAAGCCAUGAAGAUCGUGUGCGUUUCAUCAAGAAACUCGGUCAACCAUUGAUUGGUGGGGACUUGUUUCAUACGAUAAAUGAUACUGCUGCUUUAAUCAAGACAACCAGGUUCCAAUGCCCGGAAACAAUGGCAUCAUCAUCUCAUCAAAUACCAUCUCGGUGGUCGCAUACACCUCACGGCAUUGGAAAAUCCAGCUUUCUUAUAUACUUUGCUAUCCGCCUGUUGAGUGAGAGCACUGAUCAAGCUCCAAAUGCUGUCAUAUUUCAAACUAAAGGUUAUUGCAUGAAUGCUGAUGGCAUUGUGGACCCCCUUAUUUUUGAUGUAAAUAUUGUUGUUGCUAUUCCACUCUAUGAAUAUGGCAAUAAACAGUUUCAAGAUUAUGCUAAAAAAUCUAUUACACAUUAUAUGCCUCCCUGGAGUGCUGGAGGUAUCCCAAGAUACGUACUGGAGCAGGCGCAGAUUCAAUGGGAUGAUCCUAUCAACAACAAAAAUUUUGAUACUGUUGAAAAAAAUGCUUUGCGACAUUUCUUUCAGGCUUUUAAAGAACUUGGUAAUACGAUCCAACUUUUGAAAUGCUUCUGUGGUGGAGAUUAUUGCAUGACAUACUGUAGCCGUUUGAUUCACACUUGGAAUAGUGAUGAUACAUACAGGUUCCCUUACCAUACGUUUGCUUCACGUUAUGUCUUUGACAAAAUCCAGGAUCGCUUCACAGAAGAAACUGUACGAUAUAUGUUACAACAAUUAGUAUUAGCUAAUAAUACUUUCCAUGAUACCAGCUACAGAGAGAAAAUGUUCAAGCUAUAUGUUCUCUAUCUAUGGCGGUCUGGGGGCAAGCAAUUCACAACUAAGAGACUUGGAAGCUCAAGCACAGCCAUGCUCAAUGCAUCUUCCAACCCCAGGAUUUACCGUGUUGAAAAUGUAAAUGAAUUCAAAAUACCGGACGAAUUUUCAAAUGAGCUCUUUAUACCACUCCACACCAACUUUCCCGCUACUGAUUUUAUUGUGUCGCCUAACAAGAUUUUCCAAAUUACAGUUAAUCCAAAUCAUGGUGUUAAGAUGAAUAGAUUAGUAAAAAUUAUCAAAAAAAUGCUUAGAGCAAAUCCGACAAUGGAUAGAUUCUUUCUUUAUUUUGUCGUCCCGGAAGAAAUUUACUACUUGACAGUUAACGGUCACAAUGCUCAAAACUUGGCUCAGGAAAUUCGACUUGUUCAACAAUGGGCAUUGAAAGUCGACAUUGCAGCUACGUUACGCGAAAGGAACUAG